CCGCCCGACCGAUACACACUUUUUUAUUUUCCCUCCGAACGUAGCUCCGUGACAUCCCGAUUUUAACAGAAAAGCACGCUCGAAAUUCAACGCCAAAGUCGAAACCCGCGCGCGAGGAGUCCCUGCCGCGCGACACGCUCCAGACGCUUCUGUCGAAUCCAAAAUGGCAGGACAGAGCGGUCUUCUGAGCUGUGCGCGAGCCCGCCUCUGACCGAACGGUUUUGAUCACGGUCGCUAUGUGCCUCGUUAUAUAAAUGUUACGCAAGUUCGGGACGGUGGCUGCGAGAAGGUGCAUCCGUUACGACCAGUAACGUCGUCGGUGCAGUGAACCUUGGAGCCCAUGUAACGCACUCGAGGACUGCCGCUAACACAAUGAGCAGUUACAACAUGUCAAGUGGUGGCGAAACGGACGUCCUAUCGCGGCGGCUUCGCGAAGCUGAAAGAGCUCGCACUGACGCGGAGCGCGCACACGCGGAUGCGCUCGCCCAACUCCGAAAUGCGCAGCGAUCGCCGCACGACUCGCAUAACGUCGAGCAAUUGCAAUCGAGAGUACGCGAGCUAGAGAAAAAGGCUGCAUUGGAAACAGUUCGUUGUGAGGAGCUACAGUUAGAAUUGUCAUCGGCGAUGCGGGCUCGUGGCACUUCAACGACUGCCACUUGGACGACGUCAGUGGCUCAGCCCGCUUCUGAGAUAGAACGUAUCAUGGCAAAGAUCGAACAAGACAACCGCAUCUUAGCUGAAUUAGAACAUUCUAGAUCAACGACACACGGUAUUCAACAAAGUGGAUCUAAUCAGGCGCUGGGAGAGUUUCAUUCACCAACGCCGUCACCAUUGCCUCAUUCGUAUACGAGCUCAGGACAUGUAGUUCUAUGUCAGAGCAACACAAUGCCAACUUUGUCUUCACUCCAUGCCACCUCACAGUUCACUGCCCCUAGCUCCAACUCUGUAGCCUACUCUAUGAGUGCGCACAACCCUUCCUACUCAAACCCCGUAUCUGCCUCUUUUGGUUUGUCCAAUACCCACCAAGUUACUUUUACAAACCCUGUUACUGCUCCACUCGUAAAUAAUAUCAGUCAAAUUUCCAGUACUCUGGCUGGUUUACAGUCAAAUCUUCAAAAUAUAACAGGAAAUGUUUCCGCUAUGAGUUUGGGAUCAACGUUAGGUGGCCCUUCUAUGACCGGAACUAUGGCUGGAACCGGACUUUCGAGCUGUUUAAAUAAUCCACCAACAAGUUUAUCUGGAGGUCUAACGAGUACGCUUGCUGGAAUACAAAGUCAUUUACCUAGUGCCCUUGGAAAUGCUCUAUCUAAUUUAACGGGAGGAACACAAAUUGGAGGUCUCAAUACGAGUUUAACAGGAACCAAUGCAUAUGGAACUGGACCUGGAACAUAUACGAAUCCUCUCUUAUCGAGUGGCUUGGGAACAAAUACUAUGAAUAUUAAACUUAAACCUAUAGACGAAAUUGAUCUUGGCUUAAGCAGAUACGGGGCAAACAAUCCACCAAUAGUUAGAGCUGCUACGCCUGUUACACCGCACCAACCGACUUGGAAUUUAGGAUUAGAUAGCCAAUUUGGAACUGAUAGAAUAGGAAAUUUAGACACAUUUCUUCAUGACCGAGGUCCGAGAGCUAUAAGACUUUUACCAAAUAAUAUAUUGGACGUAGAUGUACGAAAUACCCAUUAUAUGAACGGUGGUGCGUCAUCUGAACCACAAGUUGAUAUGUUGGACAUACCAGGGAAAGGCCGUUGCUGCGUUUACAUCGCGAGGUUUUCAUACGAACCACCUGAUGUCGAAAAUACCGAAGGAGAAUUAUCUAUCUGCGCUGGAGAUUAUUUGCUUGUUUGGGGUCCGCCUGAUCCAAACGCAACUAUGCUUGAUGCUGAAUUGUUAGACGGACGACGUGGUCUAGUUCCUGCAAAUUUUGUUCAACGUUUGGUCGGUGAUGAUUUAUUGGAAUUUCAUCAGGCCGUCGUAGCUACUUUACGUGAUGCUGAUGAGACUGCAACCACAGCUAUAAGUGAUUUAUCCCUUAGUAGAGAUGUGGCACGCCUUAGUGAGAUGGCAGACAUUAGCGAAGGGCCUGAAGACGAUGAUAAUGUGCCUGCACCACGCCAGCUCACCCUCGAGAGACAACUCAACAAGUCUGUGCUGAUUGGUUGGACGGCGCCUGAAGGAGUCCAGCAAGCGAAUAUCGAAAGCUACCACGUAUACGUCGAUGGCGUCCUGAAAACUACUGUCAAGGCAACGGAGCGCACACGUGCUUUGGUCGAAGGCGUAGACGCUAAUCGACCACAUCGAAUUAGCGUCCGUUCAGUAACAGCUACACGGCGUACAUCAAGGGACGCUGCCUGCACCAUGGUAAUAGGAAGAGACACGGGGAACAUGGGCCCUACCUGCGUAAGGGCUAGUGGAGUUACCUGCUCUCAAGCUGUAAUAUCAUGGUUGCCAGCAAAUUCUAACCAUCAACACGUCGUCUGUGUUAAUAAUGUCGAAGUUCGAACUGUAAAGCCAGGUGUUUACCGGCACACGAUAACAGGCCUCUCACCAAGUACACAGUAUCGAGUGACAGUCAGAGCUAAGCAUUUAAGGGCGGGCCUUCCUGGGGUUCCUAUUGAAGAGGCCCCUGGCGCUUAUACUGACUUCAGAACCUUACCCAAAGGCCUACCUGAUCCACCUAAUGAAAUAAUGGUGGAAGCUGGACCUCAGGAUGGCACACUGCUUGUGACGUGGCAGCCGGUGCUUCGGCCUCCCGCUUCUGGGCCUGUUACGGGAUACGCGGUGUAUGCCGACGGGAAGAAGGUGACUGAUGUCGAUUCGCCGACUGGUGAUCAUGCUCUCAUCGACAUUGGCAAAUUGAUCGGCCUCAAUCCGAAAUGCGUCACUGUGCGAACCAAAUCACGGGACAGCCAGUCGAGUGAUAGUGCCCCAACUCCUAUACCACCUGCUGUACUCCGAGGGGUCGCCUCAAGAGUCCCCCGUGGACCGGGACCUGGCGUCACGCAGCCGACGCCUGGUUAUCGAGGCCAACGCCCACAGCCUUACCAACAACACCAGCAAGUGAUAGAACACGAUGAAAAUCUAUCGGAUAAAGAAAUAUUCCCAACGACCAAUCGUCACGAUCCGCAAACGACUCAGCCCACGAGCGGAUUCGGCACAGGCCUCCUAAAGAGUAUAUUCGACAAAAUAACCCCUUCGCAGCAGCCGUCCCAACCUGCACAAGCGUCGCAGCAGCCUUCGGGUCAGCAGUACCAGAAUACACAAGCCUACCAUGGCACGCAGCAACCCCCCUAUCAACAGGGCGGCCAGUUUCAAAGUAACCAACAGAACCAAUUCACUGGGCAGCCACAGCAGUAUCAGAACCCUCCGCCCAGGAAUCACCACGAACGAGGGCGUCCUCCCAAUCCUCACCAGCAAGUUCAACAAACCCAACAAGGCCAAGUACAGCAAUAUGGCCCACGUCCUGGUCCACCAAUAGGCCCUAGAGGUCCACCGCCGGGGCAGCGUCAACCUCAAAGUCACCAACAAUCAAAGAGAUGUCGUUACUUCGUUGCUUUGUUUGACUACGAUCCAGUGACUAUGAGUCCUAAUCCAGAAAGUUGUGAUGAAGAGUUACCUUUCAGCGAUGGAGACACAAUAAAGGUUUGGGGUGAUAAAGAUGCUGAUGGCUUCUAUUGGGGAGAGUGCCGCGGUCGUCGUGGUUAUGUUCCCCAUAAUAUGGUCGUGGAAGUCUCAGAACAGGAAGCCACUGGACAAGCUGCCGCAAAGCCUCGGGACAGAUGGUCGGAUGCGUACACCCAACAACCCGUCCGACGGAUGGUUGCCCUUUACGACUACGAUCCUCAGGAACUAAGUCCAAAUGUCGAUGCUGAUGCGGAAUUGAGCUUUCAAACGGGUCAGAUCAUUCUCGUAUAUGGCGAAAUGGACGACGAUGGUUUCUUUAUGGCAGAGAUCGAUGGCUUGAGAGGCUUAGUGCCCAGUAACUUCUUGACGGAAGCCACAGACCAAUAUGGACAGGGACAGGCCGGUCAAGGUGCUGGAGCGGCUGGUGGUAGAACAGCAGUCGCAGGAUCAAGUGUUCCUGGGGGAGGUCAAGGACGUGGGCGUGGUGUCCCGACGGGUCCCGGAGCACGAGGCCCUCCCCCUCCACCACGGGAAAACGUUGCCCCUGCACAAAGGAACCAUCAGCGAAGAACAGAUGCCUGCCCUCUCCCCCCUUCUCAGUUAGACCACAACACAUGCGCCAGUAAUCCAGAACAGGCGAAUUCUCAGCAGGCGAGGGGGAGAGGCGUGGUGAGCGCUCCGCAGGCGACCACGAUCGCGCGAACGAGCGCUGGUAACGUGAGCACGCCGACCGCUCAAUCCCCGGGGUCCACGGGCGCUUUAACGGCCAUGCCCCCUAUAGGCACCACCACGGCGGUCAGCACUUCGCCUGCGCGCCGCGGCGGCCCGGCUGUAGUCCCGGCACCGACCGCGCAACCCACUUCUCAAGCUCAACCACCAACAUCUCAACCCAACCUCAUGCAGAAGUUUUCGGAGAUGACCGCACCCGGCGGGGAUAUCCUCAGUAAGGGGAAGGAACUCAUCUUCAUGAAGUUCGGUCUCGGCGGCAAAUAAUGUCGGCGUUACGGCCUCUAGGGCCUUCUUGUACGUGAAUUCGACUCUUUUAUUUAUGUAUCACCUCUAAAGGGGGUUCUACUGCUGUCUGCCCGGCUAAAAUUUAUCAAGGCCGCAUUGUAUAUCGAAUUUUUCUACUUUAGGCCAUUCGGUUUUCCCCUAACCCGAUCUAAUAUAAGGAAUGUUGUAAAUAAUUAAAAAUUAAAAUUCAAUAAACGCACAGUUUAGUGAAUGUUCAAAUAUUUAGUGGUCUCGAUAGUACGCACGGUUGAAAAUUAAACACCUGGAAUUAUAGUUACAUGUAAUGUUUUCUAUCUAUCUGAUCUGUUCCCGUCUGUUAGCUUAGUUUUAGGUAUAUUUAGUAUGUUGUGGAGGAUACAUUUUAUUCAGGCAUGGCAUACAAUGUACCUUUUCUAUAAAAUUAAGUAACACCAAGAUGUUACUAGCAUAUAACAAGGUGUUAAGUGUCGCCGCUGCUCAUAUUCCUAAAAUGAUCCUCCACAUAACAGUAUUUUAUUUCGCAUUCAAAUACGAUAUAUCUUGUUUAACGAAAUGUUGUCUAACUGAUAUUCCUUACUUCAAAUUGGUUAGACUGCAAAUAUUUCCUUCUGUAUUAAGUUACCAAUCGCUAGAGUUGUCUUAUUAACUAAAUUAAACAAUUCUUUGCCUUACACAUUUGCGUAAGCACACGUCAGUAACUUAAUAAACGACAUUUAUACCAAGGUAAUAAAUGUCGAUAAAACCGUAUCUUGUGGUACGAAUUCGAAGCUGCAACCGUCCUUGCAGAAUCGAUGAAACCGAUCAUCAGUUGUGACUUGGGAAUAAUGGACACGCGCACGUGAAUAAUAUUAACUGUUCCAAAUGUUUAUGAUAAUGUUAUAUAUUGAAUCACA